UCUGCUCCUCCACCGAGAAGACAGACCGGCCUCCUCCGUCACCAUGACAGCAGUUUAUUCUUCCAGCUCCCGGAUGAGCAGCAUCGGCGGCAGCAUGAUGGGCGGCGGCAUGAUGGGCGGCGGCAUGAUGGGCCGCAGCAUGAUGGGCGGCCAAGGCAUGAGCUCAUUCAGCGUAGCAGGUGGAAUCGGCGGCGUCCGGGUCUCCCAGGGCAGCAGAUCCUUUGCUGCCGGCGCUGGUGGCGGCUACAGCAGCAGCUUUGCUAGCGGUGGUGGUGCUGGAUUCGGUGGCGGCGCCGGAUUCGGUGGAGGCGCCGGAUUCGGUGGCGGCGCCGGGGAAGACAGCGUGAUCGGCAACGAGAAGUUCACCAUGCAGAACCUGAACGACCGCCUGGCCACCUACCUGGCCAAGGUGUCGGCGCUGGAGACGGCCAACGCCGAGCUGGAGCUGAAGAUCCGGCAGUUCGUAGAGAGCAAAGUGGGUCCGACCACCAGAGACUACAGCGCCUUCUUCGUCACCAUCAAAGAGCUGCAGGGCAAGAUCCAGGACGCCAUCAUCGCCAAGGGAACCGUCCUGCUGAGCAUCGACAACGCCAGGCUGGCUCAGGAUGACUUCAGAAUGAAGUUCGAGAACGAGCUGGGCAUGCGUCAGUCGGUGGAGGCCGACAUCGCCGGGCUGAAGAUGCUGCUGGGAGAACUGGGCGUGGCCAAGAACGACCUGACGAUGCAGAUCGACAGUCUGCAGGAGGAACUGCUGUCCAUGAAGAAGAACCACGAGGAGGACCUGCUGGCCAUGAGGGCCCAGAUGAGCGGUCAGGUGAACGUGGAGGUGGACGCUACUCCUCAGGAGGACCUCACCAGGGUCAUGGAGGAGAUCAGGGAGUACUAUGAGAGCGUCGCUGCCAAGAACAACAAGGAGCUGGAGGGCUGGUUCCAGGCGAAGUCGGAGAUCCUCAGUAAGGAGGUGUCCACAACAGAGAUGACGCUAAAGUCCACGACAUCGGAGGUGAAGGAAGUGAAGAGUCAGCUUCAGGCUCUGGAGAUCGAGCUGCAGUCUCAGCUCAGCAUGAAAGCUUCUCUCGAGGCCCAGCUGGCUGAGAUUCAGAGUCGCUAUGCCGGACAGAUGGCUGGCUACCAGAUGCAGGUGUCGUCCUUGGAGGAGCAGCUGGUGCAGCUGAGGGCCGACCUGGAGAGGCAGGCACAGGAGUACCAGAUGCUGCUGGACAUCAAGACCAGGCUGGAGAUGGAGAUCGCAGAGUACAGGAGGCUGUUGGACGGAGAGGGAGUCGGAUCUGUCGCCUUGUCCUCCGGAGACCUGUCCUCUACAUCCACAACCACCUCAACAGUCACCACGACUGUUGUCAAAAAGGUCAUCGAGGAAACCAUCUGAACCAAUCACACAGCUGUCUGACCGGGGGCGGAGCCACAUCUCAACCUAUCACCUUCCUGCACGCUGCGUCAGGAAACACCUGACUGAGAGCGUAUCUCGUCUUCAUCGCCUCGUCUUUGAGGAGAAAAUUCCACGUUUUCUUGGUUGUUGGGAAAACUUCAGCGUUGUUCUGUUUAGUGCUUCAACAAUUAAAAGUCAACAAAAGUCAACUAAA